AUGAAUGGCCUCAAUGGCAGCAACAUGCCGGCGUUGGUUAAUGGCUACCCCACGCCGGCAGGCUAUCAGGCGGAACUGGCCUACAUCUACAACAUGGUCGAGGUGCUGAGCCAACAGCUGGCUGAGAACAAACGCGCCCUGGAGGACGUGGUGGCCAGUGUCGGCCGGGUCAGGAACCGAGCAAGGACGCAGUCGUUAGGGAACGAGGAGCUGCUGUCCUCAGCCGCCGACGACCUCGGCACACAAGAAGCAAACAUCGACACCACUAUCUCCCUGCUCACUGAGCUGUUCGAGCGCGCCAAGUUCAGCCGCGACGAGUACCGCACCCUCUCGACACACUACGCCUCCGUGAUCGCCGCGAUGCUGAAGCAGCUGCACGACUACAAGCAAAAACACGUCGCCGACGUCGCCUCGUGGCACCGGUCGUACCGCGCGCAGCUGGCCGAGGAGCGAGCCGAGAACACGAGGCUGCGCGAGCAGAUCUGGGAGAUGCAGGCGCACGCGGGCAAGGCCAACGAGAACCUGCGGCAGUUCCGCUCAAAGUACGACGAGGAUGGGGCGCGAUGGGAGCGGCGCGUCGACAUGAAGGCCAUGCGGCAGGAGCUGCGGUUCUGGAAGAGGAUGGCCAUGCCCGAGAUGGCCGAUGACGACCCCUACUGGAGCGACGAUGACGACCUGGUCGACCACAUGGAGAAGCUCAGGCUGCAGGAGAUGGAGAGGAAGGCCGCCGAGGAGGCGCUUGCUGGUGUUGGGGCGAUGGACCAGAGCAUGGAAGGGCAGGACUCGACGCUGGGCACGCAGCAAAUGGGGGGCGUGGCGAUGCAGAGAGAAGAUUCGCUUGGGGUUGGAAUGCCGGUCUUGCCACCCAGGCCUUCGAGUGCGGCGAGCACUGGAUCGUCUGGACAACAAGGUUGA